AUGUCGAUGACAAAGAAAAGGACCCCCGCAAUUGAAGUCCCCGAGAGCUGGACUAAGGGCGGCUGCAGUGCUCUAGACCAACAUAGUGAACUUGGUCGCCUUGAGCACAUCUCAAUCCAAAGACAGCUGGUCCAGAUCCAAGUCGAAUGGAAUGACCCUGGUCCUGCGGCAGCAAGAGCGCGCCGGUCCGCCAACGAUUGA